AUGGACUGGAAAACUCUGGCAGCAGAGAAGAAGAGUCAGCUUGAGGCGUCUAUCCCUCCAGAAUGGCGCAUCAAGACUCUUCCCACUGACGACUCGGUUAUGUCAUUCCCCGGGAGGAGUGGAAUCCUAACGCUAGAAGAGCUCAACAUCACUGAAUCGUCAGCCACUGAACUAGUUCAGGAUCUAGCUUCUGGAAAGCUGUCCUCGGUUGCUGUCACCACUGCUUUCUGUAAGAGAGGCGCCUUGGCUCAGCAGUUGACGAACUGCUGCCAUGAGUUCUUUCCGGAACUGGCACUGGCCAGAGCACAGUAUCUAGAUGACUAUCUUACCGAACAUAAGGAACCUAUUGGGCCGUUGCAUGGACUGCCUAUCUCAGUGAAGGACCAAGUUCGCAUCAAGGGAAUUGAAACUACCAUGGGUUAUGUUUCAUGGAUUGGUAAGAAGGAUACCGAGGACUCUGUGCUCACCACCAUGCUCCUCGGCGCUGGCGCGGUUCUUUAUGUAAAAACCUCCGUCCCUCAGAGCUUGAUGGUAUGCGAGACCAUCAACAACAUAUUUGGCCGCACAACGAACCCACGAAGCAAGAACUGGUCGUGUGGAGGAAGUUCAGGUGGUGAGGGUGCUAUUGUCGCGUUCCGUGGCAGUGUAAUUGGUGUCGGCACCGACAUUGGCGGCUCUAUUCGCGUUCCAGCCGCCUUCAACUUCCUCUACGGUCUUCGGCCUAGCCAUGGAAGACUUCCAUACGCCAAGAUGGCUAACAGCAUGGAAGGCCAAGAGACCAUCCAUAGCGUUUGCGGACCUAUCUGUCACUCUAUUGCUGAUAUGCGACUCUUUGUCACGUCGAUUCUCAGCCAAAAGCCAUGGAACUAUGAUUCCAAAGUCAUUCCAAUGCCAUGGAGAUAUGAUGAAGAGAAUGCCAUCAAGGAAAAGAUUUCCUCUCGUGGGUUGACUCUGGGCUACUAUUCCUGUGAUGGAAAUGUACUGCCUCAUCCCCCGGUGCUCCGGGCUGUCCAGAAGGUUGUUGACAAACUCGGCGAGGCUGGGCAUACAGUUAUCCAUUGGGAGCCUUACCGGCAUACAUAUGCUGUUGAUCUGGCUAGCCGCAUCUACGCCUCGGAUGGCGGUACUGAUAUCUUUUCGGUUCUCGAUACUUCUGGGGAGCCCGCAAUUCCUAACAUUUCGGACCUUGUCAAGCCAAACCUGCCCAAGUUAAAUCUCAACGAGCUUUGGGAUAUCCAGCUUCAGAAGUGGAAUUACCAGUCGAAUUACCUAGCCAGGAUCCGAGAGGCCGAAGAGAAACUUGGUAAGGAGCUUGAUGCUAUCAUUGCUCCUAUUACUCCCACAGCCGCUAUCCAACAUGACCAGUUCAAAUACUAUGGAUAUGCUACUGCUAUUAAUGUACUCGACUUUACUAGCGUCGUAGUGCCCGUAACCUUUGUUGACAAAAAUAUCGAUAAGCCGAAUCAUCAGUUUAAGCCGCUUACCGAAAUGGACCGCAUGGUGCAGGCAGAAUAUGAUCCAAGUGCAUAUCACGGUGCGCCGGUGGCGGUUCAGAUUAUCGGGCGACGACUUACUGAGGAGAGGGUCAUGAACAUCGCUGAAGAAGUGGGGCGUCUACUUGGAAACGAGGUUGAACUAUAA